AGCAUGAAAUAUCCUGACUUGAGAAGAUUAGACUUGAUGCUUCCAGUAGAUGCUUUGAUAUAUAUUUUCUAUAUGCUUAUGGACUGCUUUUGGAAAAUUACCAAGAUUAUAUAUUUUAUCAAAUAACCUGAAUAAUGAAUACUCCUUGACAUAAACUUUUACUUCAACAAACAUGUAUGUGGUCCGUUUUAGGGGCAAGAAGAGAAACCAAAAAAAAAAAAAAAAACACCCGCCUCUUUACAUUGAGAGCAGCCUUCCUGGUCAGAGUUGACUUACGGACUUUGCAGAGCUUCAGUCAUACACACAAUGAUGAACUUCACCUUGAUAACAGCUUUCAUUCUCUGCAGCCUCAGCUGGAUCUCUGUCUCAGUUUCUGAGUCUCAGACUGUGGAGGUCCAGUCUGGUGAAGAAGUCACACUGCUGUGCUCCAACAUUUCCAAAUAUGACGCUGUAACAUUCUGGUUCAGACUUGUCCAGAGAACCAACAUCAGCUGUAUCUCUGUUAUGUACAAGUCUAACAGCAAUGCUGAAUUCUGUGAUGGAUAUGAAAACAGAGAAUUUGAAAUGAGAUCUAACAUCUCUACCCUCUUUCUCAAAAUCAAACAAGUGGAUUUAUCUGACGCUGGACUGUAUUUCUGUGGAUUUUAUGCUCAUGGACGUCCAACUUUCAGUGUAAUACAUUUAAACAUUAGAGGCAGCGAUGAGCCACAUGAUGAUGUGGACAGCAAGUGUCAAAAAGAGUCUGACGGAAAAGAAAAGCUGACUAGUGUGAUCCUGGGCGGUCUGACUGUUUUACUUGUAAUGGUCAUCAUUGGUCUGGUUGUUAAAAAGAGGAAACUUAAGACAGCUGAUGAAGAAGAACAGAAUCCAGAGCAAAGUGAGAGCGUGGGCUCUGAUGACCUGAACUACGCAGCAGUGGCAUUUCGACCAAAAGCAAAAAGAAGAGAGCUGGAGCCAAAUGUUACUUAUGCUGCCACCAGAUAGACUCAGGAGGCAACUGGAACUGAUGAUAUUAAUAUGCUUUGGGCUUUAGUAUGGCUUGCUGGUGAGAGCAAUAGCAACUCAUGCAAAAACAUUAAAUUUUGUAAUAAAGAUCCAAUGUUUGUUCAUUUGCAAGUGUCUUCAUACUGCAGAGCUAUAAUCAGCAUUUCCGUUCUCUCAGUCUAUUGAGCAAACACACAUGACUGGUGUUUGAUGUAGGACGAGCCAGUAAGGGCAUGGAGGAGUGUCCAGAUUGUCUUAAAGUGAGAGUUAGAUGGAGGUCUGCAGCAGUGGAGUGAGUAAUUGAGGUACACAUCACCAGUUUGACAGGAAGAGACAGCACAGUGUGGUCUGAGCGCAGUUGAAUUGAAAGUCAUGAGGCCUGUUAGAUCAAAGGUUUCUAAAAAUAAAAUGUGAGAGUAAGUAGUAAAUAUAAUGGAAAAAUAUAAAGUCUUUAGAGCUGCAUAGAAGCUUUGGAAAACCACACAGGCACAACAAGGCAGUCCAAACAAGCCAAGAAAUCCAGAGGUGCAAGGCAGGCAAACAGGUCAUAAACAGGCAAGCAGUAAAAAAAAAAAAAAAAAACUCAGGCAGCAGCUAUCAGGCGGAAAAAUAGGUUACAGGUGACUGCAACACAAAUGCACAACAUGAUAAAUCAGCAAAGGUGGAG